GGGAGCUGGCAUGGGAGCUGAUGUAUGAGAAUCGCAGAGUUGCCCCGGACAGGAGUGCAGGAGCGGCCAUGCCUUGACUGGCACUCAUGGCCAGUUCCCGAGGAACUCCGGCUUCAGCACUCUGCUCCUCCCGGCUCCAGAUAUAAGUUUCCUUGCCUGCAGGAGUUGUCUCGUCACUUUCAGGAAGGCCAAUGUCUGCUUCCAGAAUACACUCCUCGUCUUUCUUCUUUUUCUGAGCUGCCUUGAAGAAGCUAAUAAUGGGGCAGACUCUCUACUCAAGACCGGUAAAUCCAGCUCCCUCGGCUGAGGAAGUGGAUCAUCCACUGAGCGAUGGCGGGAUGGGAGCCGACGCUCUGGAGUCUGGGGACACGACGCCUCCCUCUAAGAGGAAAAGCAAAUUUGCAGGCUUUGGCAAGAUUUUUAAACCGUGGAAGUGGAGGAAAAAGAAAACCAGUGGCAAGUUCAAAGAGACUUCAGAAGUUUUAGAACGAAAGAUUUCAAUGCGAAAGCCAAGAGCGGAGCUCAUUGAAAGAGGGCUUCUGUUCGAAGACCCUGAACAGGAUGGAGAAGACCCGGACAAAACCAGUCACACAGCGCUGAAAAAUGGACACACGAUCCCCAUUGACUGCUCCGGGGUCACCGGACUGAGCCACCUGGAGGAAGAGCCUGGGAAAAGGUCAAGCCUUAAGAAGCCCGUUUCAUUGGAGGAACCAAAGAAAUCGCAAGGAUCCUCCGAUGGUCAUCUCUAUCCAGAACUGGCCUCCAAUCCUGAAACUCACGUCCCCAAGCAACCUCUGCUGCCUCCGAAGCGGCCGUUGUCCCAGCCCACUUCCCAGGAGGCGAACGACGUGCACGUGCCGGAUCUCAUCCCUUCCAGCGUGGCAAGGACUAUGCCUUCUUCCAUGACGACGGCAGCGACUGCCAGUGCAGCAAAGGGGGGCAGUUUUCCCACUGUCCCUUCCCCGGCCCCCAGAACUGUGCCCUCUCCUCUCUCAAAUACUUACACGACUGCUCCCGUAAGCAUGACCAAUGCAGCCCCUGCUAAGCAGCCUCCUAUCCCGCCUCCAAAGCCAGUUAAUAGGAACAGCAACCCUCUAAUAGUUGAGUUGUCGCACGUGAUCGGCAGCGGCUCGACUUUGCAGAAACCUUCCCCGCCUUUGCCUCCGAAAAGAGGCAUCCCGCUGAAUGUGUCUUCGUCCCUCGAAAUGGCCGCAGUCCCCAGGUCGCCCAGCGACAGAAUCCUGCCGCCAUCCCAUCGCCCUUCCUCAGCACCAGGGCACGUGAUGCCUCCUCACCCGCAGCCCUCUCCGUCACCCCCUCUGCCUGCUCGCUUUCCUCCCGAACCCCAAUACUCUCCACUGCCUGCUUCCGUCCACGAGGCAAGUCUCCUGCUUCCUUCCGAACUGCCGGUGGAGGCCCCCCAAGACAAGCUAUCGAGUUUGGAGCCAGCCAGGAGGGCGGCCGAUCAGGGCUUCGGAGAGCCUCUCGUGCCUUCUCGGCUGCCCCAGCUCCCUUUGCACAUCCUUAUCCAGCAGGCUCUGACGAGCCCCCUGCCAGCCACCCCGCCUGGGGAAGGGUCACACAGGGCUCAUUCCUUGCUCUUUGAAAACAAAGGCUCCUUUGAGGAAAACAGCACCUUUGGCAGGACGAGGUCGCUUCCGGUUACCAUUGAGAUGCUGAAAGUUCCAGAUGAUGACGAAGAGGUGGAGGACACCCAAGAAGACCCGCACCAUUCCAAUUCCCACGUUUACAUUGGGGAGGACCCGAUGGUCACAGUCAUUCCCAGGCUAGUACUGCAGACCGUGCAGGAUGAAGAAGAGGGGCCCAGUGACUCUGACUCUGAGGGACCUGUUCUGUACAGGGAGGACGACCAGGAGGAAGAUGAUGAUGAAAGCCAUAACAGUGCGCUAGCCAACAAGGUCAAGAGAAAGGAUACCCUCGCCAUGAAACUGGGCAACAUGGCUCCACGGCAGGAGUUACCAGGAGAGAACACUUUCCCUCGGAAGAGCAAGGAGGAGUGGAAUGAAAUCCGACAGCAAAUUGGGACAACGUUGAUCAGGCGGUUGAGUCAGAGACCAUCAGCAGAAGAGUUGGAGCAAAGGAACAUCCUUCAGCCAAAAAAUGAGGCUGACCGGCAGGCGGAAAAGAGGGAAAUCAAACGGAGGCUCACCCGAAAGCUUAGCCAAAGGCCCACAGUGGCUGAGCUGCAGGCAAGGAAGAUCUUGACGUUCAAUGAGUACGUUGAAGUAACAGAUGCUCAGGACUACGACAGGCGAGCUGACAAGCCUUGGACAAAAUUAACACCUGCUGACAAGGCUGCCAUCCGGAAGGAGCUGAAUGAAUUCAAAAGCUCUGAAAUGGAAGUCCAUGAAGACAGCAAGCAGUUCACUCGGUAUCAUCGGCCAUGAAUGUGGUCUCUUUUUCUUUUUCAAACAAAGCAAUACCAUCAGAAAAGGAGAGGAUUGCAGUGUUUGCUGUGUUAACCCAGCGAGGAGGGACCUUGAAGUUCGCUCAAGAUUUGCCUUCAUAACAUAUCCAGGAAGUGACUUUCUGCAGGGAACAGAAAGGGGUGUAGGAUUAGAGCCUUUUUCAAAAGUAGCGCGACAUCGGAAGGAAUUUGUCUCAAGUGCCAUUGGAUCUCAAUGGGAAAAUGAAAAAAAAAACCCAUCAACAAAACACUAUACCUCACGCAAUCAGCAAUACGGCUUGUAGUCAGGGAUUCGCCCUGUUGCCCAGAUGUGUCAUACAAGGUUCCAUCAUACGAAUGGAUAAUGCACCCCACAAUUCCUGUUCUGCAAUCUCUGGCCAUGUUGUCUACUGUAAAUAUGUUCUGUGAACUGUUUAAUAUCGCUUUGUCAAGGAAGAAAGAAGACUGGACUUCUUAGCAAGAGAUCUGCAACUAGCAAAGAGAUCUCUAAGCAAGAGAUCUGCAACUAGCAAAGUGUGUGUGUGUGUGUGUGUGUGUGUGUGCCUGUGUGUGUGUGUCUGUGUGUGUGUCUGUCUGUCUGUGUGUUCACUGUAUACAAAGCUCAAAAACCAAUACCAUCCUGGCAGGAAACUGACACAUUAUUGUUUUAUGUCCUUUUGGCUUAGCUAAUAUUCAGAAUCACUACUGACCAAUUUUUCUGUUGUCCUAUGGCGGAAUUGUAUAUAUUUUAAAUGGCACGUGUUGAGUCUUGUAAAAACUUGUCAUUUCCUUUUUCAGAGGACAGUAAAAACAAACUUGCUAUAAACAUUGCUUAAAAACACAAAACUUCUGCCUGUUUAACAGGAACUGCAAAGCCUGCAAUGACGUCGUUGCCUUGGGGGAGCAGUGGCAUGGGAUAUAAUGCUUUUUUUUUUUAAAGAGUCAUCGCUUCCUCUUUAUUUUUCUUUUUUUAAAAAAUGAUUUUUCAAAGUUCGAGCAAAAAAGUUGCCUUUUCUAAACCCUGCAGCAAAACUGUAUUUGAUGGUUCUAAAUUUUAUUUUAUCAGAAAAGGGCUGAAAUGUGACUUUUUUAAACGGCAGAAGCAAAUGGGAUGCCUGUUCUUUUUUAAAAUGAGUUUUUAUGGAAUGGUUAAGAAGGGCGCCCUGGAUGGGAGGGGGGAGGUAAUGAUUAUGGGGUUGGGGGGCAGGCUUUAAUGUAAGCCGUUUUGUUUCGAUUGCUGGUUCCUGGCUGAGCUUCUACUUCUCUUUCAUUAUGAAUGGUCAUGGGUGUACAUGCUAGCCCAUUUUGACUGCUAGCUCACACAGCUGAAGAUGUCCCAGGUGACCCUGUGCUGGAUUGAUCUUGAGAAAAGAGGCCUUGAUACACUUAUACUACCAUUUCGUCCCUAAUUGCCAAACAUCGGGGAGCAGGGUGAUUCAGUGCAAGAGAGGGGCCAGACCUUGAAUCUUUCAGUAGUUACAUCACAAAUGGGAUUUUGUGACACAUGGCUUCUCCCUCACCCCAUCACUGAGAGAGGUUGCAGCCAGAUGAACUUCUCUCUGCUAUGCACUUUUCUCUUCUAAAUUUAAAGUUUCAUGCACCCCAGCCUCCUAACUGGAUUUGCUCACCUUACUGGCAAGUCAGUAUGGUUGUUAAGAGAGGGUGGACUGUAAUUGGCAUGUCAGGAGACCAUGUCAUGGAAAUCCAAGUACAGUGUUCAUGCCUCUGCCUUCUCUCCCCUCCACUUCAACUUUUUGAGCCUUUUUUGUUCUCCUCUCCCCCAGUCAUGGUUCUGAGCAGCAAAUCACUGUGAGAAUAUUUCCCAUGGGAUGGAAGCGUGGGGUUUGUCUUGUCCCUCUAUAAUAAUCCUGAAGAACAAGGUGCAGAGAGAGAAGCUCUCGUGUGUAGAAAACACUGGAGUGCUGGUGCACUCUAGAUCCAAACUGCUUUCAUGAUGUAUAAAAUAUCUCUGUAGACGAAAUCAUUGCAUUGUAUAUCUGUCUUCCUAUCAACAAAAUUUUAUGAAAUAAAAUUAUUUUAGGAAUUUUUUUUAGAACAAA